AUGAAAAACGUCCAGUUCGAGCAAACUCAGAAAGCGCCUAAGUCAAAGCAAAGGGAACUAAAACGGAAAGGUAUGGGCAACAAGUCUAAUGCUUCUGCUGCUUUAAGUGAGGAAGAUAUUCAAGUUCUGUUUGAAAAGGAUCUCUUGGGAAGUUUCACGGCAGAAGCGCUUUUAAACACGAUAUGGCUCAACAACAUAAUCCAUUUUAAGUUACUAGGCUGCAGGGAGCAUAGACAAAUGUGUUCAAGGGGAGACGUAAAACUUUUUCAAAACUUCCAUAGGGCAGGAGUACCUCGAAUUCAAUGA